AUGGCUCAGGCAAUUAAGAGUGCGCUGCCUUCCCAUCUAAAGCCCGGCGGGAACGAAGCGGACGGCGAGUUCGCUGGUCGACACCACGGAAAGACUCGAUCGCACAUGGCCUUCGAGAAUGCUUCGACCAACGUCGCCGCAGCGCAAAUGCGCAAUUCCCUGACUGAACUUGCCGAGACCGUCAAGGACCCGGAGCAGAAGAAGCUGUUUGAGACUGAGAUGGACAACUUCUUUGCUCUCUUCCGCCGAUACCUGAAUGACAAGGCCAAGGGCAACUCUGUUGACUGGGAUCGCAUCAACCCCCCUGCGCAGGGGCAGGUUGUUGACUACGAAGACCUGUCCAACUCGGAGUCUGUCAAAUUCCUCAACAAGCUAGCUGUUCUGAAGCUGAAUGGUGGCUUGGGUACCUCCAUGGGUUGUGUUGGUCCCAAGUCCGUCAUCGAAGUCCGCGACGGCAUGUCUUUCCUCGACAUGUCCGUACGACAAGUCGAGUUUUUGAACCGAACGUACAGCACCAACGUCCCCUUCAUCCUGAUGAACUCUUUCAACACCCACGACGACACCGCUGCCAUCAUCAAGAAGUACGAAGGUCACAAUGUCGAUAUCCUUACCUUCAACCAGUCGCGAUACCCAAGAAUCUACAAGGACUCGCUUCUACCUGUCCCCAAGAACUUCGACUCGUCCAUCAACGAGUGGUACCCUCCCGGACACGGUGACGUAUUCGAGUCUCUCUACAACUCCGGCCUCCUUGAUAAGCUCAUCGAGCGCGGUAUCGAGAUUAUCUUCUUAUCGAACGUCGACAACCUAGGUGCCGUCGUGGAUCUACGUAUCCUACAACACAUGGUCGAGACGAAUGCCGAAUACAUUAUGGAGUUGACCAACAAGACCAAGGCCGAUGUCAAGGGCGGUACUAUCAUCGACUACGACGGAUCUGUGCGCCUGCUGGAAAUUGCCCAGGUCCCGAAGGAGCACACCAACGAAUUCAAGUCGAUUAAGAAGUUCAAGUACUUCAACACUAACAACAUCUGGAUGAACACCAAGGCCAUCAAGCGCGUUGUAGAGAAUAACGAGCUCGAGAUGGAGAUCAUCCCCAACGGCAAGACCAUUCCUGGUGAUAAGAAGGGCGAAUCUGACAUCUCCAUCCUUCAGUUGGAGACUGCUGUCGGAGCUGCCAUCCGCCACUUCAACAAUGCUCACGGUGUCAACGUACCCCGUCGUCGAUUCUUGCCUGUCAAGACCUGCUCAGAUCUCAUGCUCGUCAAGUCGGAUCUGUACACUGUGAAGCAUGGCCAACUGCAAAUGAGCCCCAGCCGCUUUGGUGGCGCGCCGCUUAUCAAGCUCGGUAGCGACUUCAAGAAGGUCUCGGACUUCCAGAAGCGCAUCCCGUCAAUUCCCAAGAUCAUCGAACUCGACCAUCUUACAAUUACUGGCAAUGUCAACUUACACCGUGGCGUGGAACUGAAAGGAACUGUCAUCAUCGUCGCAACAGAAGGCUCUACGAUCGAUAUUCCUCCGGGAUCGAUCUUGGAGAACGUUGUCGUUGAGGGUAGCUUACGUCUGUUGGAGCACUAA